CAAGAAUCCCCACUUAAUCCCAAGCAAGAGCACCUACUAGCAAAUCAAAAUUUGUGAUCUGCCAAAUUUCCAGGAAUUUCAAAUGGAGCAAAACAUUCCGCGCCCAGGGCCUGUUAACCGUUCACUACUCACGUUGCCACUGCGUGCCCAUCGUGCGGACCGUAUAUGGUAUGAACCGAAUUCCAAAGACUCGUGCUUGAAAUGCGUCAGUUGCCCUUCAGCUGCAUUCGGAGUUGAAGAGCGAGAUCCAAGAGUGAUAGGUAUGCUAGCAUAUGCUGGCUUCUUGGGGGUAGAGCACAUUGCCCGUAUGAAGGUGGAUCAUAGUUUAAUAUGCGCUUUGGUGGAGAGAUGGAGGCCGGAGACACAUACUUUCCAUCUUCCAUUCGGUGAGGUCGGCAUUAGUCUACAAGAUGUGGCGAUGAUCCUUGGUUUGCCCAUUCGGGGUAUGCCCCUCAGUGGUCCAACCGUUAAGGGUAAGGCUCAGUGGAUCGACCUGUGCACGCAGUCGUGUGGUUUCACUCCUCUAGAGACUGAUAUGCGCACGGGUGAUAUCACCAUGAGUGCUCUUACCCGUCACCAGAUCCUACCUGACAGUACAGACGAAGAGGUCACCGAACACACCAGAACCCUAAUAUGGCAAUUGCUUGGAGGCCUUUUGUUCCCUGACACGAGUGGGACAAGAAUACGAUUAUACUUUUUGGAGGUCUUGCAGGGUGACUUGGCUUUAGCCCAUCGAUGGAGUUGGGGAUCAGCGGUUCUCGGGUACCUCUACCAUAACUUGUGCAACGGCGCCAAGUGGGAAACCAAACAAGUUGGCGGUUGUAUGCACUUGUUACAGAUUUGGGCUUGGUCGAGGAUUUCGAUGGUCCGUCCCUCAGUAGUUCAGGUCAUUCAACAUGACCAUCUUCCAUAUAGGUGCAGGUGGAUCAUCCCCAAGUCAUAUAAGGGAUCCCCAAGACACUGCAUACGCCUGUACCGGGAUGACCUAGACCGAAUGAGUGAGAGUCAGUUUGAUUUCACUCCCUACGCGUCCGAGGAACUCCCACCUAUCAUCCUUAAUGACGCUCCGCUUUGGUCGGCUAGGGUCAUGCUCAUAUUUUACAAUAUGGCCGAAAUGCAUUACCCCGAUCGAUUUCUUCAGCAGUUCCAUAUAAGGCAAGAUACUCCGGAUGCUCCUUUGGCGGGUACUGAUCAUCACGGCAAUCGUUCCAACAUAGUAACCGGUGCCUUGGCGUUGUGGGCGGACAUACAACAUAAUAUAUAUUUUCUUGAUUAUGAUCGACAUAUGUCCGUCGAAGCAACUAAGAGGUACCGAAAAUGGUACCAGAAGCAUGGUAUGACACGUGUCCAGAACCCUUCUCACAAUGUGCCCACGACAGGCUACAUCCCGACAUCACACGAUUGGGGUAUUGUGAGGCAGAGCUUUUACAAGCUGAAUCAGCUCUUAGCCGACCGCGCAAGUCAUGAGGACUGUCAAAAACGACUACAGCGGAUGGCCCUGGACGUAGGUGAUGAAGAGAUGCUCCGCCGGGGCAUAUUCCAUUAUGAAGAUGAAGAUGAAAGUGGAAGUGAGGAAGAGGAUGAUGCAGAUGAACAUGAAGGUGGGGGUGAGCACUCACAAUCGCCCCCUCAAUUUUCAACACGUGAGGGUGUCUCAUUUGAUCAACCACCCCCUCAAUUCUCAACGCAUCAAGGUGUCUCAUUUGAUCAACCACCGCCGUAUUAUGAUUCUUAUCAGUACUCCACACAAGCGGUUGAUUAUGUUGAUUCAUUUCUGGAUUCGUCGUCGUUUUACUAUGGAGACACAAUGGGGCCUUGGAACACUAGCGGUGGGGACGGAGCAGGGCCGAGCACGC